GAGCAGCCACGAAACGAGGUGCUAUCUGCUACGACUGCUACAACUACUUCUGAUACUAGACCGAAAAGGACUUCUACGAUUCCUACCCGUUGAACAAGCAACCUCAGUUUCUGGAAAACCACCGAAACAAGGACGACGAACGAUCGAAUUCCGGCGAAAAAUAAUCGGAAAUGGGCUCGGCGGCUACCAAAGAAGAUAAGAAUCAGCCAAGUUCUCCGGGGAAGGUUGCUGUUGUCGGCGCCGGUGUCAGUGGGCUGGCUGCUGCGUACAAGCUGAGAUCGCGUGGCUACAAUGUUACUGUGUUUGAAGCUGAAUGUAGUGCUGGAGGGAAGCUGAGAAGUGUUUCUCGUGAUGGUUUGAUUUGGGAUGAGGGGGCCAAUACCAUGACUGAGAGCGAGGUGGAGGUCACGGCAUUGCUUGAUGAACUCGGACUUCGAGAGAAGCAACAGUUUCCGAUUUCACAGAACAAGCGGUAUAUUGUAAGAAACGGAGUUCCAGUGAUGAUUCCUACAAAUCCACUUGCGUUGAUCACGAGUAACAUCCUGUCCACAAAAUCAAAGCUCCAGCCUGACGUUUAAGCUCAGGAAAAUGAGCUGAUCCUGUGUUCUUCUGAUUGCAGAUUCAGAUAAUCCUGGAGCCUUUUUUGUGGAAGAAAAAUGAACCUUCAAAAGUCUGUGAUGCUUAUGCAGCAGAAAGUGUGGGAGAGUUCUUUGGGCGACAUUUUGGAGAAGAGGUCGUUAACUAUCUGAUUGACCCUAUGGUUGCUGGGACAAGUGGAGGAGAUCCUGAAUCUCUUUCUGCGCAACAUUCUUUUCCCGAGCUGUGGAAUCUUGAAAAUCGGUUUGGCUCUAUAAUAGCUGGAACAAUCCAGGCAAAGUGGUCAGCUAAAAAGAACAAGGGUGGAGAAACCAUGGGUUCUGAGAGGAAAAAACAACGUGGUUCAUUUUCCUUUAUUGGUGGAAUGCAGACACUUACUGAUAGACUGUGCAAGGAGAUUGAGAAGGAUGAGCUUAAACUAGGAUCAAAAGUUUUGUCACUUGCUUACAAUUGUGACGCCAAAUCAACCCCAGCCAACUGGUCAAUUUCAUAUGCAUCUAAUAGUGACAAGCCGUCACACUGUUCAUCCUACAAUGCUGUCGUCAUGACGGCACCACUGGACAAUCUGACGGAAUUAAAGAUUACAAAAAGUAGAGAAAUCUUUCCACUGGACUUUCUUCCCAAGGUCCAGUAUAUGCCCCUCUCAGUGUUAAUUACUACUUUUAAGAAAGAGAAUGUUAGGAGGCCGCUUGAAGGGUUUGGGGUUCUUAUCCCCUCUAAGGAGCAACAAAAUGGUCUAAAGACCCUUGGUACUCUCUUUUCCUCUAUGAUGUUUCCAGACCGUGCACCAGAUGACCAAUAUCUCUACACAACCUUUGUUGGUGGAAGUAGAAACAAGGAACUAGCAAAAGCGUCGACGAAUGAUCUCAAACAGAUAGUUACAUUUGAUCUAAGGCAGCUGUUAGGAGUGGAAGGAGAGCCCACCUUUGUCAAGUACAAACAUUCCUUUAUGAAUUUGUAACAAGCCUUUGCAGUACAUUUUUUAAUAUCAACGGAAUAGCAUGUUCUCAUACUACGCGUGGUAUUCUGUUGGCAGUCAUUUUUACUGGAGCAAAGCAUUUCCCCUUUACGGGCGGGACUAUCAAUCCGUACUAGAAGCAAUAGACAAAAUGGAGAAAAAUCUCCCGGGAUUCUUCUAUGCAGGUAACCAUAAAGGUGGACUGUCUGUUGGCAAAUCAAUAGCCUCUGGUUGCAAGGCAGCUGAUCUUGUAAUCUCCUAUCUGGACUCUUCUUCUGACAAUAUGAAGCCAAAUUAA